AUGGAAAGUAACAUCUGUACAGUACCAGGCCAAGUUAAAUUUUUCAAUAAAGAUCCACAAGAACUAUCAAAAGAAGACACCGUACAUCAACACCUUAAUACCCUUCAAGAAUGGGAAGAUUUUUAUUACACGUACUCCCAAUGGAUGGGGUUUAGUGUUCGAAAAGAAGAUGUUCGCCGCGAGAAGGCCGAUAACCCAGAGUGGCAAAGAAAAUGGGUUUGCUCGAAACAGGGCUUCAGAAGAGAGAAGUGGAAAAACCUAACUAACCAAAAGAAAACACCCAGAGCCAUUACCAGGACAGGUUGUCUCGCAGUACUCCGAGUAAACUUGGAUAGGUCGGAUAACACGUGGGUGGAGAAAGACUUUAACCCAGUUCAUAAUCAUGACCUAGCUGCAAAGACAGAGCUACAUUUCCUGCGAUCCAAUCGAGCUAUACCAGAAUGUAUAGGUGCACAGGAAGCAGAAGAAGGGGAAACAGACGUUGAAGGUGCACUCGGUUACCUAGAAUGUCUCGGUUUGCGUGACCCUGAUUUCUAUGAAACACACACAAUUGACAAGGACUUCAGAUUGGUAGACCUGUUCUGGGCUGAUGGAAAUUGUCGUAGAGAUUACAAUUUGUUCGGCGAAAUCAUGGCUUUUGACACGACAUAUAGGAAAAAUGCAUACAACAAACCAUUACUAAUCUUCGUCGGGGUGAACCAUCAUUUCAGAACAAUUUUUUUUGCGGUUGCAUUGUUAUACGAUGAGACAGAGGAGACAUACAUAUGGGUUUUACAAGAAUUCUUAGAGUGCAUGAAAAACAAGGCACUGCAUGUUAUUGUCACCGACGGAGACCAUGCUAUGGCAAACGCAAUAAAGGUAGUCAUGCCGCAGUCAGUCCACCGUUUGUGUGCGUGGCACCUUCAGGCCAACUUAACCAGCAAUGCACCUCACCCACUUUUCAAGGCAAAAUUCAACGAGCUCCUUUAUCAAUAUUGUACCGAGGAACAGUUUGAGGAUACAUGGAACAAUAUGGUCUCAGAAUUCCAUCUUCAAGAAAGUCGCUGGGCAAAAACAACUUACGCCAACCGUAAAAGUUGGGCUGAGUGUUUCCUUCGGGGAAACUUCUUCACGGGUCUUACAACCACCCAAAGGUCCGAGUCAAUCAAUUCCUACCUAUCGCACUUCCUAACGAGCAAACUUAAGCUUAGGGAUCUUGUCGGCCAAGUUGAUGCAGCCAUACAGAACAUUCGCCACACCGAAAGGGAGGAUGACUUCAUCAGUAACCACACUUCGCCCAGUAUACCAACAAAUGUCUUCCACCAGUACUACCAACAAGUUGCCUCCAUUCUUACCAGGACCAUGUACGAAAAGGUGGCAAAGCAAAUCAGUAGUGCUCUUUCAUACUCAGUUGACUCUGCAGAUGUAACAGUUAACAGUCGGUCGUACUACUUGACACGUUUCCCAAAAGGACUAGUACGGAGUCAAGUGAACUACGACACUGACCAUGGACACAUCAAUUGUACAUGUAUGCUGUUCGAGUCCGAUGGAAUUCCAUGUCGUCAUAUAUUCGCUGUUAUGAAGCACUUGAACAUACCUUGCAUUCCAGACUUCAUGUUUAAGGCUAGUGGAGGAAGGAUGCUAAGAGCUUGGUUGAAUUGA